CGUAUCAAGACAUUUCCUGUCUCGGCAGGAAGCGGGCGCGCAAGAGGGCAGGGGCAGGGGCAGGGGGUCCGGAGGCGCGCCCGCCAGUCGCCGUGAGAGGAGAGCGCGACCGAGACGCAAGACCCAAAAGGAACCAAAGCCCAAGGUCGGUGGGAGGACUCAGACAUGUUUUCGCCGCCACGUCAACGCAGUUUCCGUCUUGCGCUGGCCUUCGUCCUCACGCUGACGUCCGCCGCCCCCGCUCGGGGUCCGCGCUACGUCCCGCAUCACACCGCGGCCCCCUUCGAGCGAGCGCGGGAGGCGUGCCGCCCUUACGGCCUGGCCACCUUCGCCGCCCCCCGGGACCUGACCCGACUUCUCGGGGUCAUCGCCGAGUCCUCCUCCGCCGGGUCGCCCGCCUUCUGGGUGGGGCUGAAGAAGGCCAAGAACCAGUGCGUGGUGCCCUCGCUACCUCUCAGAGGCUUCAAGUGGACCCACGGAGGCGAGGAGGCCUUGGAGGCCCUCUGGGCCCAGGAACCAGAACAUACCUGUACCUCAGUUCUCUGUGCGGGACUGGUGGCCCGGUCGAACGGGUCCACAGUCACAAGCUGGGGUCUGGUACCACUCAGUUGCAAGACCGGCAACUACUUCAUUUGCAACCUGAACUCGGAAGAUGGAGGACCUGCUGGACCUGAAUCAGCAGAACCUGAACUUUCAGGACCUGAACAUGCUGAACCAAACUUUGUUGGACCUGGAUCUGCUGAACCGGAACCUGCAGGACCAGAACCGGCUGAACCGGGACCUGCGGGACCUGCUGAACCGGGACCUGCAUUACCAGAACCGGCUGAACCGGGACCUGCGGGACCUGCGGGACCUGGAUCUGCUGAACCGGGACCUGCAUUACCAGAACCGGCUGAACCGGGACCUGCGGGACCUGCUGAACCGGGACCUGCAUUACCAGAACCGGCUGAACCGGGACCUGCGGGACCUGCGGGACCUGCUGAACCGGGACCUGCAUUACCAGAACCGGCUGAACCGGGACCUGCGGGACCUGCGGGACCUGGAUCUGCUGAACCGGGACCUGCAUUACCAGAACCGGCUGAACCGGGACCUGCGGGACCUGCUGAACCGGGACCUGCAUUACCAGAACCGGCUGAACCGGGACCUGCGGGACCUGCGGGACCUGGAUCUGCUGAACCGGGACCUGCAUUACCAGAACCGGCUGAACCGGGACCUGCGGGACCUGCGGGACCUGGACCUACUGAACCGGAAUCUGCGGGACCUGGACCUACUGAGCCGGAAUCUGCCGGACGUGAACCAGAAGCACCACAAGUGUCCGAGCAAAAACCCAAACUACCAGUCCCGCCAACGCCUGAAUCCGAUCGGCCUGAAUCCGCUGCACCUGAACUAAAGAAACCCGACGAGCAGGACCCCGAUGUCGGUCGAGAAUCUGCGUCUAACUCGUGCUCACAACCUGAGGUGGCCAGAGCUCGUGCCUUCAGUCUAGACUCCGACAACAAGAGCAGGAUCCGAGUAGAGUGCUGGUCCGAAGUGCACCUGGAAUUGCACUGCCGGGCCGGCGAGUGGCGCCUGCCGGGGGGUUCCCCCGCCAACCUGAGCUCCGUGUGCACCCCGUGCGGGACCGGGUACCUCAAGGACGCGUCGGGCGACUGCGUGGACGUGGACGAGUGCUCCGGCGCGCACGGGUGCCGCCACGGGUGCGUGAACACGGCGGGCUCCUUCGCGUGCGCGUGCGACGUCGACCCCGCGGGCUCCGAGGACGGGGCCACGUGCGAGCCCGCCGACGACCCCGCCCCCGGGCCCUUCUCGGGGACGCUGGUGCCGGCUCUGAUCGGGGCGGCGGUGGCGCUGGCGGUUCUGAUGCUCAUCGCCUUAGUGGCGCUCAAGUGCUGCCUGAAGAGGCGGAGCAAGAAGAAGAAGAAGGAGGAGGAGGCGGAGCAAAGACCCACAUGAGCGGUGAUGUCAUCAACCGAUGCGUGACAUCAUGAUUUUGGAUUUGUUUUUUUAUGCACAUGCAUGUAACACGCAAACGACACACACGCACACAAGAAGCAGAAACGUCUCCCCCUGGCGGUUGCAGUCGGGACGUGGGCUGAAGCAUUCUGGGUCACGUGAGAGCCGCACCGCAGUUCUCAUGGCGACCAGCAGGUGGCGGCAUUCCCAUCACCAUGCUCGUCACGAGAAGUGUCACGUGACACGUCAACACCGUGACUGACAGCUGAUUGACUUGUAACCUUUUUCACAAUUUGUCAUUUUGUCAUUAUUCUUAGUUGUCUCAAAUCACAAUAGCGAUGAUAUUACGUACCAAGAAAUGAUGUGACUUUUUUUUUUUUCCUUUGUCAUUUUAGAACUAAUGGCCAAAUCAAAACUGGCGUUGUGACUUUGAAUUUGAAAAAUGACUCUCGAAAUUGUGAAAUAGUUUCAAAUCGAAAAGAUGAACGUUAUUGUUCACAACUUUGUAAAGUUGUUUUUUUUUUUGUGUGUAUUAUUUCAUAGUUCCGAUUGAAAGAUUGAAAGUUUAGUUCAGGUUUUGUCUAUUUUUUUUUUUUUUUGUCCACUCAAAUCAAAAGUUGCUGAAUGAUGUCAAAGUCGGCCUCUUUGAUGUUGUUGAGUUUUUAUUCACUGGGAGGAGAAAAAAAAAAAACCUCAUUUUGGCGUCUCGAGAUUCGUGUCAUUUGUGUUCUGACCCAAACAGUUUUGAAGACAUUUUUCUAGAGAACUUCUUCCCUGCCUUUUUUUUUUUU